AUGGGGGCCGGAGGCGGGCUGGGGCUGGCGGCGGUGCUGGCGGCCGCCGUGCUGUGCGGGCCCGGGGGGCUCGCCGGGCGCGUCCUCAGCGGUCAAAAGGUGUGCUACAGUUACUUCAAGCGCUCUUGUUACAAGUUAGCCUAUUUCCAGGACUUGUCUAGACGUGUGGGCUUUCAGGAGGCCCGCCAAGCUUGUGAAAUUGAUGGCGGGGCUUUACUGAGCUUAGAAAGUGAAGCUGAGCAGCAGCUAAUAGAAAACAUGUUGCAAAACCUCACUAAAUCAGGCUCCGGGAUUUCUGAUGGUGAUUUCUGGAUUGGGUUGUGGAGAAGUGGUGAUGGACUAGCCACCUCAAGUGCUUGCCCUGACCUCUACCAGUGGGCUGAUGGAAGUAUUUCACCAUUCAGAAAUUGGUAUACAGAUGAGCCUUCCUGUGGAAGUGAAGCCUGUGUUGUGAUGUAUCAUCAGCCAACUGCAAACCCUGGUCUGGGAGGACCAUAUCUUUAUCAAUGGAAUGAUGAUAGAUGCAACAUGAAGCACAAUUUUAUCUGCAAGUAUGGACCAGAUAAUGUCUUAGAAAAAGAAUUAGGAGACAGAGCGGAGCCAGAUUAUGGUAUUUUUCCAACAGUGCCAGCAGGAAAUCCUUAUGACACAAGCAAACCAGAAGAUCAGUAUCAUGUUAUUGCUACUGAAACAGGUAUAAUUCCGAAUCUAAUUUAUGUUGUAAUACCCACUAUACCACUACUGCUGUUGAUACUGGUGGCUUUUGGGACCUGCUGUUUCCAGAUGCUUCAUAAAAGUAAAGGAAGAACGAAAACCAGUCCAAACCAGUCCACGCUAUGGAUUUCAAAGACGCCUAGGAAGGACAGUAGCAUGGAGGUAUAAUGACUUACUGACUGAAAACAAAGCAAAAAUAAC